UAUGGAAGAAGAGAUUGAGAGAGUUUAGUUUCAGCAACUUUCCAUCCAGGGACUGCUUGGCUAACAAAUUCAAUAAACCCUCGAUCAUCAUUCAAGAAAUAAUCAUAUUUCUGUUUCUCUUCUAUGUAUUCUUCGUGAAUCAUCGAUGCGUAGUGGCAGAAAUGAAAUAGAAAGCGGAAACUUGAGUCCACUUGUAAUUUGUGUUGCUGAAUGGCAUUCGCAAAAGUAUCAAACUCUCAAUAUUUGUAUUUCAUUGUUAUUGAUACUAGCCCGAAUAACGUUGCUAUUGUCGCGUUAAAGGUGCGCGAGAUAGUGUCACUGCAUGACACUGCAACAAACAACAGGCAUCAGGUUCUGCGAGCACUAAGCACUACCAGCACUAGAUAGUCACUCGCCUUUGUCAGUAGAAGCGGAACGGUCGGCGUGGCUAAACACAUUCGCGCUCGAUAGCGCUCAGCUCUCGCACGAUAGCUCUUGUUCUAUAGUUAUUCUUUUCUGUGCGACGAGCGCGUCAAUUGGUCGAUCUCGUAAUCGCUCCGAGUAUCACGAGGAAGGUGAAGAAACGCAAACUGCUCGCAUGGCGCAUCCGGGUGUACGUAUCGCAAUUUAAACAUUAGAGCAAUCUUACGUCUGGUCAAAGGAGGCACAAUUGCCUCUAGACUGCAUCUGGACUAUCACGUAUCUUAAGCGCGGCGUGAGAGAACGACUCGUAUAGUUGAUUACAAUAUUAUCCACAUCAGUGACUCUUUUUCUCUCUUGUUUUUCUCCCUUACUUUCUCUUUCUCUCCCCCCCCCCUCUCUCUCUCUCUCUCUCUCUCUCUCUCUCUCUUUGUUUCUCCAAUCACCUGCACAUGCAUGGGUCCCGGCUUGUCGAUUACCGCAUCCUCGUUGUGCACUGGCGACAAUUGACUCACCGCGCACGUGUACUCGUCGAACACCAGCUGUCCUGGACACCAGAUCCUGAUCAGACAUGACCAACGAUAGACGGUCGUGGUUCCGCGGCGUUCGAAGCAGCAAGUUUCGACACGUUUACGGCGUGCCAGCCAAGAGGGAGAAAUGUUACGACAACAUCAAGAUCACAAAAAAUGCCCACGAUUCGCAAUUCUGCGCCGUAAAUCCCAAGUUUCUGGCCGUCGUGACGGAGGUUGCGGGUGGUGGAGCGUUCCUUGUGUUAUCAUUGGAUCGCACCGGGCGACUUGACUUCAAUGCCAGUCGAGUAACUGGACAUACCGGUCCCGUUUUGGACAUCAAAUGGAAUCCAUUCAACGAUAACAUCAUCGCGUCCUGUUCCGAUGAUUGCACUAUAAAGUUGUGGCAUAUACCUGAUGGUGGAUUGUCAAGGAAUUUGACUGAAUGGCUGGUGGAGUUGCAAGGACACAAACGACGUGUCGCUUAUAUCGAGUGGCACCCAGUAGCAGAGAAUGUGCUUUUUAGCGCCGGCUUUGAUCAUCUUGUUAUCGUAUGGGAUGUGAAUAGAUGUGAGGCAGUUAGCGUCAUCGAUAGACAUCCUGAUGUGAUUUAUAGCAUGUCUCUAAAUCGUGACGGCAGCUUAUUGGCGACCACUUGCAAGGACAAGAAAUUGCGCGUUUUUGAACCAAGGUCCGGUAUCGUAGUUUCGGAAGGAGUAUGUCAUGCUGGCACGAAAGCUAGCAAAGUAGUAUUUCUUGGCAGUUCCGGACGUCUUUUGACUACUGGAUUUAGCAGACAUUCGGAUCGACAAUAUGCGAUAUGGAGUCAACAUGAUCUAACUGUCCCACUAACGUGUGAGACGAUAGAUUCAUCGAGCGGAGUGGUUUUUCCAUUUUACGAUAAUGAUACCAACAUGGUGUUUUUGGCCGGAAAGGGUGAUGGUAAUAUUCGAUAUUAUGAAGUAGUUAAUGAAGCACCUUGGGUGCAUUAUCUCAGUCAAUUUAUAUCGGGAAAUCCUCAGAGAGGAUUGGGAGUAAUGCCGAAAAGAGGCAUUAAUACCUCUUUAUGCGAAGUAUUCAGAUUUUAUAAGUUACACGCGACUCGUGGAAUGUGUGAGCCGAUUUCGAUGAUAGUACCACGGAAGAGUGAUCAAUUUCAAGAAGAUCUAUAUCCUGAUACAAUUGGAACGUGUCCCGCAUUAUCAGCUAGAGACUGGACCAGCGGCAUGAACAGCCCACCAGUCUUAAUCUCUCUUAAAACAGGUGGGAGUAUCUCUACGCAUAAGCCACGAGUAUAUAAGCCACAAUUACCUGCGACCACUGAUCUAAAUAAUAAAAAGAAAUUUGCGUUCCUGUCUACGGAAACGAUACCGGAUUACAGACCGGUGGAAUUACAUGAUAUGUCGGAAAAGAGCCAAAAAACAUCCAGCAAUCAAAGUACAAAGUUUCAGCAACUUCAGCAGAAGUUUGGAAAUGUCACUAUACAGAAGAAUAUUAUAUCGUCUUCGAUUAAUGACAAUAAAGUUAUGGAGACUGUGGAUGUUCCAAAUAAUGAAGCAGAACUUCGUUUGGCAUUGGCUCGUCAAACUGACGAAUUGAGACUGGUACGACGGCAGCUCGCUAAUAGCCAACUGCGUGUUAAGGAAUUAGAGGACCAAAUACGAAAAUUGCAGCGUCAACAGUAAAGUUAUAAACUCGCUUCGAUAUCUGCUUUGAAUAAGACCCUUACAACUUUACUACUACACGUGAUUAUCAAUGUCUUGCGCUAUGUUUAGCGCCGAGACACUACCAUGUCUCCAGAUCAAUACUUAAAGUUUCUAGAGUUUUUAAGCACCGCUAAUAAUGAUAAAGAGCCUAAGCUUAUGAAAACUUUGUACUAACGCUUAGGGGACUUUAGCUUUGUCAUAUUUAUACACAAAGAAAUAUUCAGAAUAAUUUUUAUUAACUUUUUUUAGAAUAUCUACAAUUUUUAUGUAGAAUAAAAUUGUCACGUUAAUCACAAGGGAACAGGAACAGUUAGUUGCAUUUGUUACAUAAAAAUUGUACCUGUUUACGCACUUAUACUUAAAUGCGUAAGUCGGAUAUUAAGAAGUUAAGAGAAACACAAUACCUUUAGACAAAAUG